AUGGCUCGAAACAGCAACCCCUGCAGUUACAAUCCACCUGCAACGCUGAUGUUCUCUGUGAGAGCCAAGCUCCAAGCUGACAUGAUGAGGCAGUUAGCCGUACCAACUGCCAAAAUGGAUGAAAUGGGAUCUCUUGCAUUUGCCAAACGCAGAGGACUGGAUAUUGGAAAGCAUGCCGUAUUUCGACGUAAUGGUCGUAAAAAGCUGACCAGUAAUACUAAAGAUAAUACUAAUGACUUAAGAGGGGGCGUGUGCACGUGGGGGUGGGUGCGUGCCGACGUCACCGCUCUGCUCCUUACUGUCAGUGCCAAAAUAGAACCGACCGACCUGCUAGCUAACGUCAAGUUGAGGAGAAAGUGGCGGAGGACGCCGGCCGAACGGGAGUUUAUCCGCCGACACCGACCUAUGCGACGGGUAGCAGUGAUGGAGACGAGAGAGUUGACGGUGUUAGCUGGCAGCUUCGUGGGCUUCCAGUUCCUCUUCUCGGUGGCCAGCCCGCGACUCUCCUCCGCCGUCGCGCCGGGUUAUAAAAGGCUACCCACCACCAAGCACACGGAGUUGGUGUCCACUGUUCACGCCUUGGUUGUGGGCUUGUUCUGUUUAUACAUCCUGUGGUUCGAUGACGAGGUCAACGCCAACCCUGUCUGCUUCGUGGGCUUCCAGUUCCUCUUCUCGGUGGCCAGCCCGCGACUCUCCUCCGCCGUCGCGCCGGGUUAUAAAAGGCUACCCACCACCAAGCACACGGAGUUGGUGUCCACUGUUCACGCCUUGGUUGUGGGCUUGUUCUGUUUAUACAUCCUGUGGUUCGAUGACGAGGUCAACGCCAACCCUGUCUGGGGCGACCCCGGCCUAGUCAAGCUAAAUGUAGCCAUAACCUGCGGUUACCUCCUCUACGACCUCGUGCUGCUGGCCUGUAACUGGAGCACCAUGGGGGACAGUUUUUUCGUCUGCCAUCACUUGGCGGCGCUCUACGCUUACGGAUACGUGCUGACGCGCGGCGUGCUUCCCUACUUUGCCAAUUUCCGUCUCAUUUCAGAGCUGUCCACGCCAUUCGUGAACCAGAGGUGGUUCUUCGAGGCUUUAAAGUUCCCCCGCUCCCACCGGUUGGUCGUGCUGAACGGCGUUGCCAUGGCGGUGGUCUUCUUUCUGGUCCGCAUCGCCGUCAUGCCGUCCUACUGGGUCAGCGUCUUCGCCACGUUCGGCACGCCGGAGUUCGAGCGGCUGGGCACCGGGGCCCAGGUGGCCUGGAUCACCUCCUGCAUCGCCCUGGACAUCCUCAACACCAUCUGGAUGUACAAGAUCGCCCGCGGCUGCUACAAAGUCAUGACGGGCCGGGGGGGCCGGAGGCCCAAGGAGGGCGGCGAGGCGCCGCCGGCGCCGGCCUCAGACAAAAAGCACGCCAACAACCACACGGACUAACGCAGGACGAAGCCCAUUCAGAGUCAGACUUCGAGCUGGGGAUGGAGGCCGGAGCCCCCCCCCUCCACCCCUCGGGGUCACAUCCCAGCAGGGGGAGAGAGGAGCGCACGUUGACUCAUCCUGGCACCAGCGUCCACGAACCUCACGCUUUUCAGCGAUUCCUGAAACGUUAGCGGCCGGAGGGGGGAGGUGGGGGGGGGGGGCUUUGGGUUGCAGACAA